GUUGAGCUUCUCAAAUCUCGAGCAUUAAUUCAGAGUUAGUUCAUUGAGCUAAUUGAUAUAGUUGAGGAUGGCCGCAGGAUUAUCCUUAGAUCACCCUUUGCCGUUCAUCUUUGGCAUCCUUGGUAAUCUCAUCUCCUUCAUGGUGUACCUGGCGCCGCUGCCGACGUUCUACAGAGUGUGCAGGAAGAAAUCCACAGAGGGGUUCUCGUGCUUGCCUUACGUGGUGGCUCUCUUCGCCGCCACGCUGUGGAUCUUCUACGCGUUGCUCAAGCCCAACGCCUACCUCCUCAUCACCAUCAACACCGUCGGCUGCAUCAUCGAGACUGCCUACCUUCUCCUCUUCUUCGCCUACGCGUCCAAGGCCAUGAAGAUUUACACAGCGAAGCUGGUUCUGUCUGUGAACCUGGGCGUGUUCGGUCUGAUCCUGGUGCUGACUCUGUUUCUGACGCGAGGCUCCCAGCGAGUGCAAGUCCUCGGCUGGAUUUGCAUGUGUUUUUCUGUCAGCGUCUUCGUGGCUCCUCUCAGUAUCAUUAGGCUCGUCAUACGGACAAAGAGCGUGGAGUUCAUGCCGUUCUGGCUCUCAUUCUUCCUCACCAUCAGUGCGGUCGUUUGGUUCGGAUAUGGCCUGCUGAUCAAAGACUUCUACGUCGCGCUCCCCAAUGUGCUGGGAUUUAUCUUUGGGAUACUGCAAAUGGUGCUCUACAUAGCGUACAAGGGCAGGAAGGAGGGGAAGUCUAACGACGGCACCCUACCGAUCGUCGCAAAGACUGGGACGGGCGAGAAGGCAGUGGAGACGAUGCACAAGGAUUCAGUACAGUUAUCGCAAGCUGCAGGUGAUGAAGAAAAGGUGGACAUUCGAGUGAAGAACAAUUGUCUUGAAGUUUGAGGACUUUCAUACUUAUAUAUAUAUAUAUUAUAUUCAAUAGUUGUGUGUGAGGGGGAGCGUUUGUUUGUCCAUGACAUGCUUCGUUUCAAUCCCUCUGUUUGUGGUUAAUAAAGCUUGAAUGAAUCAGUUUUAUAUUCA